UGAAGAAAAAAGUUGACAUUUUUGAAAAGCAAUGGAGGAAAUCAAUGACGAUGUUGAAACUGUAAAACCCCUAACACUAAGAUCAGCAACAAUACAAGAAGGUCCCAGGAGAUUUCCCCGAGCGUCUGUUCUCGGUUUUGGGCUGCUGAGUGUUUUCCCGCUGGUUGUUCUCAUCGGACUCAAAGUCUACUGCCAUUACUCAGAUGGUGUUGCAGCUGCAGAUCUCUCCGCUGUCAAAGCAGACCUGUCCUCAGUGACUGAAGAGAGAGACAGACUGAAGGCCAACCUCACCGAAAAGACCAGAGAGGUGGACAGGCUCCAGAGUUUGAUGGGCAAGGAGAAAACGUGUCCUGAAGAAUGGAGGAAGUUGGGUAGUUCCUUUUAUCUCCUCUAUACUGAGAAAGCUUCUUGGGAACAAAGCAGACAAAACUGCAGAGCCGGAGGAGCACAUCUGGUGACCGUAGACAGUGAUGAAGAACAGGUAAUGUGUGCUGCUUUAACACUUGUGAUUGUAUAACUCCUGCUUUUAUCAAUCAAUAAUGUUUUUAUUGUACAUAUACUAGCAAAUGUGUC